AUGAACCGCCUCUUCUUCUCGUGCGUUGCCCUCGCGACGCUGUCGUCCGUGUCGCUCGGUCAAAACGAAACAAUCGCAGCGGUGAAAGACGACGUGAAGUCUGCGGCGGAUGCCACUGGCAAUUGGGUCAGUGGGGCAGCCAAUACGAUUGCCAAUGCGACUUCGCCCAGCGUCGAAGCGACCGGCAACUGGAUCCGCGAGGCAGCCAAUACGGUCAAGAACGACACGAAAGAAGCGGCAAACGCAACGGGCAGCUGGGUCGGCGACGCUGCUGCCGCUGUGAAGAAGGAGGCCGACCCAGCGAUGGAUUACGCCGGCAGUAAGCUGCACGAUGCAAAGGAAGCGAUCGGCUCAGCGGCUGACGAGUUUCCCAGCAUUGUCGAAGACGACGACGACCUGUCGGGUCGCUCUGCCUCGAGAGACGACGGCAAUCGCACCGUCUCGUUCGCCACUUCAUCCGCCGCGUUGUCGAUGGUCAUUGGCGCUAUUGCCACCGCUGCGGCUCUGACUACGAACUUGCUCGGCGUGCGGCGCCUGUUGACCGGCAGGGCGAGCGCUCGCACACGACGAGGCGCAGGAGGCUCUGUAUCAGCCGCUUACGCUGCCGCUGGUGCCGGUCUGGCGGUCGCAGUAUCCAUUGGCUGCGUAGAGCAACCGAAGACGGCGAGAUUGGAAGCACAUCCAGUAGCGAAGAACGUACUGACUCGGAACUUUAUUGCUGAUGCCGUGGAGAAAGCGUUCCCAGCUGUCGUCAACAUUUCUGUGGACUCAGGCUAUGUUGGAAGCAAUGGCUCAGGAUUCAUGAUCACGAAGGAAGGGCUGAUUGUAACAAACGCCCACGUUGUUGCACGAUGCAAUCGUUAUUCUAACAUCAAGGUGACGGUUGCGAACGGCAGCACCUAUCCUGCUGUGAUUCACAGCGCUGAUCCUCUCUCAGACAUCGCGCUGCUCCAGAUCAAGUCGGACGAAGUUGAGGAGUGGCCUAUGAUUUCGAUCGGAUCAUCGACUGAGCUGCGCGCGGGAGAGUGGGUGUGCGCUCUCGGGAGUCCAUUUUCCUUGCAAAAUAGCGUCAGCGCUGGCAUCAUUAGUGCUGUUGCUCGCCACAGCAGUGAGCUGGGGUACCCGCAGAAAGGAGGCGAGUACAUCCAGACGGAUGCGGCCAUCAAUGCUGGUAAUUCUGGCGGCCCGCUUAUCAAUUUGGAUGGCGAGGUGAUUGGUAUCAACACUAUGAAAGUCGAUGGCAGCGUGGGCAUUUCUUUCGCCAUCCCGGCCGACACAGCAGUGCAAGUGAUCCAGCAGCUGCGCAAGCACAAGAAAGUCGUGCGCCCGUACAUUGGCAUGCAAAUGAUCAACUUUAACUCCCGAGAACUGAAAGAGAUCGGCCGGAUGUUUCCAGGCGUGAAGGGAGGUGUGAUCGUCAAAUCGGUCGUCCCCGGUUCGCCUGCCCACAAAGGAGGCUUACUGCCUGGUGACGUGAUUGUCUCGUUCGACGGGAAGAAGGUGUUUAGCACCAAGGACAUUUUGACCACGGUGGGCUAUAUCAUCGGGCGUCACAUCCCUGUACAGGUGAGGCGCCAUGGGCAACAGAACCUCGUCGACCUGCAGGUGACGACGGAACCUCUGCCCGCUCCAAUGCAGCAGUUUAGGGGCUAG